AUGCCCACACGAGUCUCUCGGUCUACGAGGACAUCGACCGCGGCCUCGCGCAAACCUUCGGGCGUCGAGCCGCGAGCCUCGACCGCAUCCAGGGCUUCUUCCGCCGCCAUCGAUAUCCCUUCAGAAACACCGGACAACGGAUUGCGGCCUAAAGUUGCCGCUAUCUUCCGCGAUGCGCAAAAAACUACGGCGUCGCACAGGAAAUUAGUCGUUAACUUGCGCAAACUGCAGGAGGCUUGCUGUUACGAGCCCGCUAGCUCUACAAAGCAGUCCCCGGGAGACUUUAACGAAAAUGAAUUCAACAUUGAGUUUGUGCGCUGCGUCCUAAGGAUCAUGCCGGUCAAGAAGACUGAAGCAGUGGGGGAGAAGACCGUUCGAUUUAUCGGCCUCUUCCUGCGACACGCCAGCGACAAGGACAACGAGCUCCUGGGCGAGGUCGACCACGAUGCGAGCGUCAUGCCAGAGACGCCUAGCACUAAACUUACCACCCUUCUGCUCGAUACGGUGCUUCCCCUCCUCACAAGCAAGGACAAAUUUGUGCGAUACCGAUCUACGCAGCUGAUCUCCCAUGUCGUCAACUCGCUCGAUGCCAUCGAUGACGAGCUCUUCCAGAGGUUAAGGCACGGCCUCCUUCGCAGGAUCCGGGACAAGGAGGCUAUGGUACGAGCCCAGGCCGUCCUAGGUCUUGGCCGCCUUGCUGGACAGGGCGAUGACGGCGCGAAUUCAGAUGAAAGUGACGACGACGGCAGCGCCGGUCUCCUUGAGAAACUCCUUGAGGUUCUCCAGAACGACCCAAGUGCAGAUGUCAGGAGGUCGCUGCUUGUGAACCUCCCAAUUCUACCCUCCACCCUCCCCUACCUCCUGGAGCGAGCCAGGGACCAAGACGCGGCCACGCGAAGGGCUGUCUAUUCCCGACUACUCCCCGCUCUCGGCGAUUUCCGCCACCUCUCGCUUUCCAUGAGAGAAAAGGAGAGGUGGAUUGAAGACUGCGCCGGAAUCUCACCCACCGAAAGCGGUCUGCAGGAGCCUGCUCCACCUAGCUUCGACGGCUUGCUAGAGCUGCUAGAACGUAUCGAUGUGGUUAAUUCAGGUGUGGAGAAUGGCGUUGCUCUAGAGGCUAUGAAGGGAUUUUGGGAGGGACGACCUGAUUACCGCGAAGCCGUCAUCUUCGAUGAUACAUUUUGGGAGACCCUGUCUGCCGAGUCGGUUUUCAUGGCGCGCAGUUUCAAUGAUUUCUGCCGCAACGAAGGCAACGGAAAGUACGAGAGCCUCGUCGAGGAGAAGCUGCCCGAGGUCACAAAGCUUGCCUUCUACCUCGAGCGUUAUAUUAACGCUCUCCUCGAGGCACUUCGCCGUAUAGCCAAUGCUGAGGAUGUCGAGGAAGAGGAGGAGGAGGAUACGGUAGACCAAGAGUUCAUCGUCGAACAGCUCUUGCACGUUGCCCUUACGCUUGACUACUCGGAUGAGGUGGGCCGUAGGAAGAUGUUCGCCCUUCUUCGUCAAACGUUGUCGGUACCCGAGCUACCUGAUGAGAUCACCAAGUUGAUUGUGGAGGUCCUCAGGGACAUAUGCGCCCCAGACACCUCUGGAGAGAGGGAGUUUUGCAGCGUCGUCCUCGAGGCGGUUGCCGAUGUGCACGAUACCAUCGUCGAUGAUCCCCCGGCGGAUGUGGAUGACAGCUUCCACUCUGCAAAGUCAGAAGUCAGCAGCGCUAGCACAGUUAACAACGGAAGCCGCGCUAAGAGCGCUGAUCUGAGCGAGGAGGAGACCCGUGCGAAGGCUAUCAAGGAAAUUGUCAUCAACAUGAAGUGCCUCCACAUCGUGCAAUGCAUGCUCACCAACGUCGGUGGCAACCUUCAGCAAAACGACCAUCUCGUGGCCAUGCUCAACAACCUAGUUGUGCCCGCAGUCAGGAGUCACGAGGCGCCAGUGCGUGAGCGCGGUCUCGUUUGUCUCGGCCUCUGCUCGCUCCUAGACAAGUCUCUUGCCGAGGAGAAUCUGACUCUCUUCAUGCACUUCUUUUCCAAGGGCCACGCAGCGCUACAAAUUACCGCCCUCCAUAUCCUUACUGAUAUCCUUAAUGUGCAUGGCGCACAGCUCCUCACCACAAACCCCACGCUCCUCAAGGUAUACGUCCGCGCCCUCAAAUCUGGAACUAAGGCGCCCGAAGUCCAGGCCGCGGCGACGCUAGCGGCAUCCAAGCUUCUGCUGGGCCGUGUCGUCACCGAGCCCGAGGCUUCCGCCGAACUCCUAAAGACCCUCGUCGUCGCCUACUUUGAGCCAUCCACUGCCAACAACCAGUCGGUCAGGCAAGCGCUCAACUACUUCUUGCCCGUCUUUUGUUACUCGCGGCGCGAGAACCAGGAUCUCAUGGGCAGCGUGGCCCUCGAUGCCAUCCACUCCCUCUUUAACGUACGUGAAGGCCUUGAAGAUGACGAUGCCGACGUGGACGAAGAGAUGGCUAGCUUGACAACAAUUGGUGCCUGCCUGGUCGAUUGGACGGAUCCCCGCAAAUGCUAUUCCUCCGACCUCUCCCUCGAUGGCGAGAAGAAGAAUGUGAACGGCGACGUGCAUCUCGACUUCGCCAAGGCUAUUUUGGAGAAGCUCAAUGGCAACAUGAGCAAGGACGAGAAGAAGGUCAUUGCCCCACUACUUGGCAAGCUCUACGUCUCUCCCGCCUCGUCAGAGGACAAGAUUCGCGAUCUUUACGAAGAGGUUGACGCCGCCGUGGACUCCAAGCUCCUCACCGACGCCACAAGCCGCAACGCCCUCUACAAGAUCCACGUUAGCUUAGGCAAGAUUGUCAACGCCCUCUCCGAGCAGCAGGACGCCGCCGCCGCCGCGGGCAGGCGCCUGAGCCGCAGCACCUCGGUCGCUACGUCCUCCGUCUACGACGGCACCGUGCUCUCUGAGGAGAAGACCAUUGUGGCAUACGAGCCCACAAUCAAGGAGGAGGACGUUAGUGGGGAGGGUACAGUCCUCCAUCACCCAGAAAAUGAUUCCUUGGUUGAUGAUUUGCUCACGGAUGAGGGCGGUGCUUGA